AUGCCACCCAGGCCCAAGUCCCCAGCCGUCCCCGACGAACACACCCGCCUCAUCAACGAUGCUCCUCCAUCCUACACCCACAUCGAUCCCGCCGCCACCGAGCCUGCCGAGCCACCCGCCCCUUCUCGCCGGCCUCGUGCCCGUCUCGUCAUCAUCAGCCUGGCCGUUGCUGGGGUGGUAUUACUCCUGGGAGGACUCAUCUUUGCUGCUCUGGUAGUUGCAUCGUUCAGACCCACCCCCUCAGAGCUUGAAGCGCUGCCCAAGACCGCAUUCGAGUAUACCGCUCCUUCAUCUAUCUCCAUUGUCGACAUAAGCGACCAAGGCGUCCUACUCAACAUCACCCUUCCUUGCGGAAUUGACGCCGACCAGGCCUUUGGGGUCCAGGGAUUCUACCUUGAGAGCGACAGGCAACAGGCGAAAAGUCGAGGGUGGCGCGGGACAGGCUCAGAGUGGUGGGAGAAUGUUCGGCGGAAAGGUGCUCAUUGGGCUGUGCGCACUUUUGGUGACCGAGUAUCUGUUGAUGUGAAGGAUGGGAUAUUGGUGUUACCCACAGGCGCAGACGCACCAGGGCCUCUGGGAUAUGUCGAGCUACCUGAGAGGGUUGUCGUGCCUCUCAUUACGGGCGUACCGGCAUACCAUCCCGAGCACCCAGACUUGUCGUGGCUCGAACCCAUUUCAUUCAUCGCCCUCGCGAAGCCUGUUGCCAACACGGGCGAUAUAUGGGAGUUUAUCAGGAAGGGGUGGGUGAAAGGUAGCUUGGACGUUGUCAUCGGGAUCCGAGAAAUAGAGGCCCACCUGGCCCAGGGAGAGCAUUCAUGGUGGGGUAAAUGGGCGACUGUAGAGGAGCAAGAUCUCGCAUUCAAUGUGUCAUUACCAAUACCUAUCGUACCCCAUCUCCCUCGCCCUAGACAUGACAUAGAUCUGUCUUCUCUUGUCACUCUUCACAACUAUACGCUUUCAAAUGAGCACGACUCUGACUUGACCAUCACUGCUAUGGCCACCAUGCCAAACUUUGUCCGGCAUCUCAACUUGUCGGACAGUAUGAGCACUAUGCCAUUCGGCUUGCCGUUCUCGAUAUCUCUUCCUGAUACGAACGGGGAUGAGAAGAUGGCAGAAGUCAUACUAGAGCCCGUGACUAUAGGGGCAGAGAAGAAUAUCACUCUCACCAUUGCAGGAAAGGUCACUGCGGAUCUCGAUUCUGCGCAAUUGUUGGGCGAGACUUCAUCUUUGUCAUUAUUCCUGCAGAACUACCUGCACGGCUUAUCUUCACCUAUCAUCGUCCACGGACUCUCCUUAUUCCCUUACAAGACCCAAAUACCCAAGCCCCCAGCUUGGCUCCUCCAUACCCUCCCAUCCUUGUCACUCAACCUUUCGUUCCCAGGCCCGUCACCCCCUCCCCAGAUCAUCAAAUCCGUCACCAUCGAAAAGAUGACUAUUGAAGAAGAAGACGGCAAGAUGAAGGCCAGUGGGAUAGUAGUUGCAGAAGUAGAGCUGCCUGGUGAAAUGGUGGCUGUCGGAGUAGUAGUCAACGGUGUCAAGCCCAAUGUCUUGGUAUAUGACGGACCAGCACCGCCCGAUGGGGAGGAUGAUAUCCCCGACGGCGAAGAAUACCCCCGCAAAUCCUUUGGCCACAUCAACCCACCAGAAUACCUCCCCUCCACUACCACCCCAUCUACCGACCCCGCGACUCCCCACCGCCUUAUCGUCCGCGCGCCGCUGACGAAUGUCGACUUGGACAUUCUCCCGGGUAGGGAUAAUGUCUUGUCGGAUUUUGUGACGAAGGUGGUGUUCAAGGGUGGAGCUGUGGCGGGUGUGAAGGGGGUGAGUGCUGUUAAGGUGGAUGUGCAUGGGGUUGGGGGGCAUGUGGAGGUGGAUGGGCUUCCUGUUAGGGGCGAGUUUUUUGUUGGGAGGCAGAGGGGAUGA